UAUCAGAGUGAUGGAUGACAUCUGAACUGCUGAAUUAUUUCAAAGUAAUGACAGAAAAGUCAAUGUUUAAAGCAAUCUGUAGUGCCCAAAGAUGAAGAUUUUGCAAAAAGAAGAAGUACUGAUUGCAGAGAGAGUUCUGCUGAAAUACUUGCCCAGGAGUUUUCAGGUCUAUGGAUUCUUAUAUGCUUUCAAUCGAAACAAACCAAGUAAUGUACAGUUUGUUGUUGAUCAGUGGCCAGAUUUUCAGGCCAUCAUGACUCGUCCUGACCGAGAGCAAGAACUUACGUUUGUGCCAGAGACGACAAUUUACUGCACGGAUGAGCAGGUUUUGAAAAAAAUGCUAACGGAGGAAGAUAUAAUCGACUGGAGCACUUAUAUUCCUGUAGGGUGUAAUGUUUCUUUCACAUCCAUGCUCAAAGAAGUUUCAACUAACAGACAAGUCAGCUACAGACGCUUGGCAGCGACACAUUCUAUUUAUUUACCAGACAGUACCUUUCUGCUUAAACCAACAUUUGGCAGUGAGGUCGAAUCCAAGAUUUCAUCUCUCAAUCUUACCCAUGUUGACCUGGUGAAUCGAACCUGGAAGUAUGGCGGGGAUGAACGUGGAUGCAACUUAAUUAUGUUUCUCAUCAGCAACUUCCCAUCAUACUGCAUCACUGAUGAUCAGGGUCAGCCUGUAUCCUGGGUUCUGGUGUAUGACUACUUGGCAAUCGGGGUUUUGUAUACGCUGCCCAAGUACAGACAAAAAGGUUAUGCCACAGUGUUGGUCCAUGCCAUGGCCCGCAGACUCCUUGCUGACGGCUACCCAGUGUUCUGCCAAAUUGAGGAGGAGAAUAUUAAAUCCCAAAAGCUUUUCAAAAACUUGGGAUUUACUGAGGAUCCGUCAUAUAGAGAUGUAUGGUUUGAGUACAACAUCUAA